AUGCCAUUAUAGUAUUUUGGAUGAUUGGGGGAGAUAAGUGGGUUGGCUUGUGUGUUUGAAGCUAUUGAGAAUAUUGUCCCAAUCUCUCACAUGUCAUUGAAGAAUAUGCUUAUGUAUAUCAACUUUAUCAGUAGACUUCGAUCCAACUGGAGACCCUCCAAAUCCCAUCUUUCUCGUGUUGAUUUCUUGCACUUUUAUUCAACUAUGAGCUCGGAAACGAAACCAACAUUUUAUAAACGGCCUUGUUGGUUUUAUAACUUAUCUGGGUAUUAUUCUUAUCAGACCAUCCGAAACUGGCAGUUGCAACUUAGACAGGAACGUAUGGAGCCUAGUGGAGAAAACCUUCCAGAUGUGUUGUUGAUGUUAGAGCAUCAACCAGUAUACACUUUAGGGACAGCAGCAAAUGAAGAAUUUAUCAAAUUCGAUGUGAAACAUCCUCCUUGUGAACUAUAUCGAAUAGAAAGAGGUGGUGAAAUCACUUUUCAUGGACCUGGUCAACUGAUUUUUUAUCCCAUUUUAAAUCUGCGGUUUCAUAAAAAGGACUUGAGAUGGUAUUUACGUCGUUUGGAACAAGUUGUUAUCGAAACCUUGAAAACGUAUGGACUAGAGGCUUAUCGAGUAGAGGGUCUCACCGGUGUUUGGUUGGAUGAAAAGAAGAUUGCAGCUAUUGGUAUUGCAGCAAGUAAAUGGGUUACUAUGCAUGGCGUUGCACUCAAUGUCACCAACGAUCUUGAACCAUUUCGAAAGAUAGUGCCUUGUGGAAUUCAUGAUCGCGAAGUUGGUAGACUGGUGGAUUAUGUUCCUAACAUAGAUAUGCAACAUUUGAGGACUCUUUUGGCAGAGUGCUUUGCGGAUAUGUUCCAACUGUCACUUGUUCCCUAUGAAGAAUAGUGGAACUUGUAAUUCAUACAAAUAGCUCCCUUAGAUAUUUU